AUGCUUCUCCGGUGGAGAUCAGACAUUCUAGGUGAUCCACAGUCUCCUGUUGCAGAGCCAUACUCUCUCCUGUGUGAGGACCCGCAGGCUGCCUCUCUGGCUAUCCUGUUCAUCAUAGCUUGCGGCGUUUCCAAAGAAGAGCUGCUAAGCCUUCCUUUCAAUCUGCGCAGCGUAGGCGAAGCCCUCUCCGUGCUGACGGUAUGCAGAUACUUCCUGUGCGAUAGGCGGGUAAUCAAUUUCCUCGAGACCUUUUUGGACGCUUCUGAAUGGAACUCGGAAGAUCAAAAGAAGAUUCUCGCAACCUACCAAGACUUGGGGCUGUACUUACCGCACGAAACGAGAGAGAGACUAGGAAUUCUAGACCUUGAAUGGCCUUGGAAAAAAUCACAGCCCGCUCUCUUCGAUGAGCUGAGCAGAAAGGAGCUGAUUAGAAUUUGGCUGCCAGUCCUGCUGAGGCUCGAAGAAGGGGAGCUUCUGUCCCCGUCUAGGAGACAAUGGAGGUCUGUCCCUGAUAUUCAUUUCACGCCACCAGACGACAACAAAGGUACUGACUAUUGGAGAAUCUUGCACUGGACCUCCAAUUGGAGGUGGCACCCGUGGCAAUCCGCAACAAGAAGUCGCCUUUUGGAAAUUAGAGCGGCCAAAGAGGCUAGGGAAAGAGAGGCGUUGGCGCAGAUGCUCUACCAGGAAGCGUCUGAGAACAUUCAGACGUACGGCGCCGCAAAAGUCACGAAGUUCUGGUCGGAAGUCCCUAAUUUUGAGGCCCCGUCUCUAGAUCAGCCGCUCCUCCCCCUGUUUUUGGAGACGUCGGCAUUGAUUCUAGGAGCUGUAGCGGAUCCGAACAAUCUGAUCCUGUGGGACGUCCGCUGCCCGUUCCUGACAAAUGUCCUUCCAGUUCUGGUGGAUGCGGACGUCAACCGGACGCUCACAACGGAGACGGUGGAAGAUUUCCGGACGUCGUUUAGCGCGCUAACAAUGGACCGGCAAGAGCAGGUGGCGCGGAAAUGGGCGAAGACGCUCCCCCUCACGAGGCCCGUGGGUAGACGCGGGCUACUCCUGGACAGAGUGCUCAUUGACUGGUGUGUUAGGAACGGAAACGCCGUCAGUCAGUAA